ACUUCCUGCCACUAUCUUCAAACCGGCCCUCCACUCUCUGCCACCAGUCGCUAUUCGAGUAAAAUAAUGCCAGGUAUAAUAUACCACAACUGCGUUUUUGCUAAUAGCUCAAACAUCCUUAUACCCGCGAAUUGAGAUGUCCCAUCUCCAGGCCGCUGAUACCACCGAUAAAUUGGUCCUCUGGGAUUUGAAUUCCAAGUUGCCGCAACCACAAUGGUCUCCCAACACCAUGAAAGUCCGCUCGGUCUUGAAUUUCAGAUGUAUUCCCUUUGUGACCAAGUUCGUCACAUACAUGGAUUUUCCGGGGAUGCUCGAACAGGCAGGAGGGAAGCCAUGGCCCGAUGCCCCUCACUAUACGUUGCCUGCUAUUAGCCACAAAGGCUGCAUAGUCAUGGGGAGCGACGAAAUAGUGGAGUACUUGGAGAAGGAGUUUACUCUUGAACCAAGCGUUUUCUUUAGCAUAGAUGCGUUGGCCGAGUCCAAGGCGCUUAACAGGAUGGCACCAUCUGUCUACAAGGCGACCGCUGGUAUCGUUGGUGCGUUUACUUACAAUAUUUUACUAGAAUCGGAUCUCCAAUGCUACCGUGACAUAUACUCGAGGUUUCAGAUAGACAUUACCCAAAUUUUGAAGGACCCGGAAGCUAUACAGGAGCAAUGGACCGUGGCACAGAAGUUCCUUAAUGAAUUUGAAGGAUUCACAUCUAAGGAUUUUACGCCACAGCAGUUGAGUUGCUUGAAAAGCGGAGAGUAUUUAUUUGGCAACCAUUGCAGCUACGCGGAUCUUCAUUAUUUUAGUUUGGUUUUUUGGGCGGUGACAUCGUACCAGCAGUAUUCAGGCGGAAAAACUGAGUUGAUUACAGAUGGAUGGUUGAGGGGAUGGUAUGACAGAAUGUCCAUCUACAAAGUGUAGCAUAUUAAAUAUUGUCUUGAAUCUGAAAAUACAGUCGUAGUUUCUCUGGGGGCUGGCAGAUUUAUGAUCGAUAUUAGUAUUUAUCGGCUAAACCGGGUAUGAUGCUGUUUACAUCAUAAUCGUGUAGUUAAUACACAAGCUUUAAACUCG